GUAAAGUAUCGGGAGUUGGAACAUAACCUUCAAAGAAGCAAAGAAGAGUAUGAAAAACUACUUGAGGAAGCUCGUAUGCGAGAAGGUCAACUAAGAAACAAUAAUAGGUCACUCAAGGAAGAAGUGCGUAAACUUCAGAAAUCAUCAGAUCGUGGUGUACCAACAUCUCCUUUACAACCUCCAUCCCCUACAUCAUUAAAAAAUUCAGUGCCAACCAAUUCUCCUACAAUCCUUAGUACAGGAUUGGAUGAUGACGUUAAGAAAGCUCUGCUGCCAGUUUUAACAACAUUACUUAGGAUACCGCCUGAAGAAAAAAAAAGAUUGGAAUUAAAGUAUGGUAAAUGGUAA